AUGGAGAAAUCGUGGCAAGAAACUCGCUCACACUGGAUGGAGAAGAUGGCAAAGCAGCAUGAAAAAUUGAGGCCCACUGCUGAAUUACUGUACACGCCACGGAAAUGUGAUUCGACAUCGCGUAUCCUUGGACCGCGCGAUUAUGACUCAAUAAUGAUCACAUUUGCCCCGCUUCCAGGCGAACUUCCACCAAAAAUGCUUCCAAGAAUCAUGGGGCCACUGUUAGUUGGAGAUUGUAUCAGUUACGCGAUAUCUGGAAAAGUACGUCGAAUGGGCGAAUCGAAUGACUGCAUCAAUCGUCUGGCAACGCAUGAUGGUAUACUGAUGUUGAAUCCGAUCCCAAAAUACAAGAUCGAAUAUGAGGUGCCGUUGCAGCCCGGAUUGAUUGUCCCCAGCCAUGUUGAGCCUGAGACUGUUUUAUAA